AUGACGUCGAUUAGCUAUAUCACGUGAUAAGAUGGGCGGAGCCGAGAUCUGUUUCCGGAAACAUGGAGGCGGUUGUCAGCGAUGUGGUAGCUCCAGAGGACCUUAAGAAAUUUGAGAAGAAGUACAACAAUGAGCUGGUGAAGGGAGCCGUCUCCAAGGAAACGAAGUUUGAGUAUGCCUGGUGUCUGAUCCGGAGUAAAUACACAGAGGAUAUCAAGAAGGGGAUUGUGCUCUUGGAAGAACUUGUUCAGACGGCAUCAAAAGAUGACUCCCGGGACUUCUUGUUCUACCUUGCAGUGGCCAACUACAGACUCAAAGAAUAUGAGAAAGCCCUGAAGUACAUUCGGACCCUCCUAAAGAACGAACCGGGCAACAAGCAGGCUCAGGAGCUGGAGAAACUCAUCGUCAAGGCUCUGAAGAAAGACGGCUUGGUGGGCAUGGCGAUCGUCGGGGGGAUCGGUCUGGGCGUGGCCGGUUUGGCGGGCCUCAUCGGCUUGGCUGUGGCGAAGGGAGCUGCUAAAUCCUAACCUGGCCGUGGGACGACCUGUUUUCACUCUGCUGGGCUGACGGAGGGACUCCUCACCUGCAUCGAUAACAAUAAAGUGUGUGGCGGGAGCUCGAUGGAUGUAACAUUUUGAUUUGAAGUCGAGUUUACUCCGCAACACAUUAAAGGGUUUGAAUAACGCCAGUGAAUAAUCAUUUCUUAACAGGGUUGAGAUUCACCAUACAUAUGCCAUUACUACGCUUUCUAUUCACCCACCAUAGCAUUGCACUUUCUCAUUAUUUGUGUAAAUAAAUUAGGAUAGUCAUAUGCAGCUUAAGUUUUAUGUAAUUUUUUUAAAACAUUUUGUUUGCACCUCCUGCGUGAACUUCCCAAGUACAGAAAUAUCUUUCUAAAAGUGCAGUUGCGGUUGUGCAACUGUCUGUUUGAUUAUUUUUGUCACAUAAUUGUUAAGGAGUGUUAUAGGUGCAGGUGGAAGUGUGGCUCGUGAUACCAGAAGCAACAGGAUGGUGUGUUCGCGGCCGUAAUGCAGGCAGACGACUGAAUGGACGAGGAGGCAACCAGAGGUUUGCUUUUAUUUUGGGCAUGUUUCUGUCUUUGUUGGUUCCAAAUACUACUUCAGAUGAAGGGAGCUAACACAGCUGUUUAAAAUGAAUAUCUUGUCAUUUAAAAUGCAUUUACCUGUGCUACGUUGUGUGUUUCAUUAUUAUUAAAUAAAAAGAUUUUGAACUGAA